AUGAGGAUGUGCUGCGAGGCGAGACGAAGUGAUCUUCCCGUAUCUCACAGGUUGUUGUGGCGCCUUGCACGCGCCCGCAACCACUUCACGUGCGCGCCUCUCUCGUAUCGGCGGGAGCUCGAGCUUUUGCUCACUGUUGACAACGGCACGGGAGGGCGCCAUCAAAUACCACGGGACGGCCUGAAGACCCCGGACGAAGGCCUGGCAAGGCUGGUGCGCAGACAUCGCUCGGUAUUGCCGCAACUGCCGGGCGGCCCUACUUGUGUGAUCAGCUUGAGUGGCAAAGGGGGCCAUGCAAGGGAAAAGAAGCUCUACACUCCCUCAAUCAAACUCAAGCUGCCGCCAGGGAACAACCUUGUCAUCGAAAACGCCCGGUGA